AUGGCGGCAGCCGGUUCAGCCUUCCGGCUUUGCCUCCGAACGAUAGCUCGGCAACGACCCGCACCUCGUCUACGCUCAACCGUACCACUCCCCGUUCUUACACAACGCACGAUCUCGACCACGCGGAUACAAUGGGCCGCCGACGAGUCCGGGACUGCCAAAACGACAUCUGGGAGUGAGGGAGAAGACGCCUCGGCGUCGGAUUACUCUUUCAUCGACGAGAUGCUGGAGGGAAUCCCCGAGGAGGAGAGGACUCCCGAGCUCGUGAAAGAGCUGCAGAACAUCCAACAGACACUGGAGGCGCAGGACAGGAACAUGCACAAGUCUCUUGAUGAGGAGGCCGCGACGCUGUUCAAGGAGCCGAGACCGCUGAAGGACUCGUUCUGGUUCGACGAGGACGACGAUGAUCCGAUGACGCACGAUGUGCAGGGCGAGGACUUUGACGAGGACGAUAUCACGUCUAUGGCCCAUGGAAAGUUGGACGAAUUGAGGGAGUAUAGGCACUAUGCCCGAAUUACGGCGUGGGAGAUGCCUCUUCUGUCGAAGCUGGCAAAGCCGUUUGAGCCACCCAAGGAAGACGAAGUUCUCCGCUUCCGCUACACUACCUACAUGGGCGAAUCUCACCCUGCUGAACGCAAAGUCGUCGUCACCUUCUGUCCUGCCGAUCUCGGCCUUACACCCGCCCAAGAGCUCAAGCUGAAGAAGCUCGCGGGUCCGAGGUACAACCCCGAGAAGGAUGAAAUCAAGAUGAGCUGCGAGAACUUUGAUCACCAGGCGCAGAACAAGCGGUAUCUGCGUGAUCAAGCUAAUCGGCUUGUUGAGGCGGCAAAGGAUCCCACGGACAUGUUCGAGGACAUCCCUCUGGACCUCCGUCACCACCCCAUCAAGCUGAAGCCCAAGUUCCCCGCCGGGUGGCUCCUCACAGAGGAGCGCCGCCGCGAGCUGGAACAGAUCCGUGCGCAAUCCCUAGCGAAGGAUGUCAAGAGCGGCGAGAAGGGCAAGAUUGUGGACGGCAGCGCCGUGGUUCAGCGUUGGCUCAGCGAACCGGCCCAAGAGGCCCAGACUCAACAGCGGGAGAAGGUGCCGGAAUUGGUGGGGCGCAGGAGGAGAUAA